AUGGAUUGCUCUCUUCUUCUACUCUCUCUCUUACUCACAAUCUCUUCAUGCUUUGCCUCUACUUACGUGGAAGAACAAAAGAGAGACAGGAUCAUCGAGUUACCUGGACAACCCAGUAAUGUCGAUUUCAGACAGUACUCAGGUUACAUCACUGUGAAUGAAGAACGUGGAAGAGCUCUGUUCUACUGGUUGGUCGAGUCUCCAACGGACCGUGACCCAAAGUCUAGACCUUUGGUUCUGUGGCUCAAUGGUGGCCCAGGUUGUUCCUCUGUUGCUUAUGGUGCUGCUGAAGAAAUUGGACCUUUCCGUGUUGGUUCUGAUGGGAAAACUCUUUAUCCCAAACUCUAUGCUUGGAACAAAUUGGCGAACUUGCUUUUCUUGGAGUCUCCAGCUGGAGUUGGUUUCUCUUACACAAACACAACUUCGGAUCUUUACACAACCGGUGAUCAGAGAACUGCUGAAGAUUCAUAUAGGUUUCUUGUGAACUGGUUCGAGAGGUUUCCACAAUACAAACAUAGAGAUUUCUACAUUGUUGGAGAAAGCUAUGCAGGUCAUUUUGUUCCUCAACUGUCUAAACUUGUCCAUGAAAGAAACAAGGGAUUCAAGAACCCGGCUUUAAACCUCAAAGGUUUCAUGGUGGGAAAUGCUGUUACAGAUGACUAUCAUGAUUACAUAGGAACAUUCGAGUAUUGGUGGAAUCACGGUCUCAUAUCAGAUUCCACUUAUCACCAACUAAAGACAGCUUGCUACUCAGUAUCAUCUCUGCAUCCUUCACUGCAGUGUGUGGAAGCUUUGAGAAGUGCCGAAUUAGAGCAAGGAAACAUCGAUCCGUAUAGCAUUUUCACCAAACCCUGCAACAACACUGUGCAACUUAAGAGCUUCUUAAAGGGUCGCUACCCAUGGAUGUCAAGAGCAUAUGAUCCAUGUACAGAGAGGUAUUCUAAUGUUUACUUUAACCGCGUGGAUGUUCAGAAGGCUCUACACGCAAAUGUCACUCGCUUAACUUACCCUUGGAAAUCAUGCAGUGACAUUGUAGGAAGCUAUUGGACAGAUUCCCCUGUUUCUAUGCUACCAAUAUACAGAGAACUGAUUGCUGCAGGUCUCAAAAUAUGGGUCUUCAGUGGAGAUACAGAUGCGGUGGUUCCUGUAACCGCAACUCGAUACUCUAUAGAUGCACUGAAGCUGGCCACUGUCACGAACUGGUACCCAUGGUAUGAUCAUGGCAAGGUAGGAGGGUGGAGUCAAGUGUACAAAGGGCUUACAUUAGUGACAGUAGUAGGAGCUGGUCAUGAAGUGCCUCUACACCGUCCCCGUCAAGCCUUUAUUCUUUUCAGAUCCUUCUUAGAGAACAAACCGAUGCCAAUGGCCUGA